AUUGAUUACAAUUUCACAUGACAUUAGUGAAGAAAAAAAUAACAGGAAGAGUAAAGAUGAGAUUAUACUGGUUGAAAUGUAGAACAAAAAAAUUUGAAAUUUGCGGUCUAUAAAAGGAGAAAAAGGGCUGUCUAAUUUAAGGGUUCAAGUUUUGUUUGUAAGUGUGAUUCAAGUAAUUGCGCACACUCUCACUCUCACUCUCACUCUCCCUCUUCUCCCUUUUCCCCCCACCACACCCACAAUACCCACAUUAUAUUUUUCCUAUUUCAGCUCCCUCUUUUUCGGAAACUUGUCUCUUCCUCCUAUUUCAGCUUAUUCACCAUUUUUCUUUCUCUCCCUCCUUUUUCUAUUUCUCCCGUUUUCCACAUUUCCUCCUUCCAAUUCAAAUCUCUUCUUCUCCAAUUUUCUCUCUCCUCUGUAAAUUCAUGGAUUCUUCAUUGAUGAAGUUAUGCCGACAACUUCAGAGUUUAGCGAAGCUUUUCCGGUUUGUUGAGGUCUGCAUUGUUCUCGUUUUUCUCUCUUGGUUGUCAGCUCAUCUUCCUUUCGCCGUUAGAAUUUCCGGCGAGUAUUUUCGGAAACUUGUCUCUUUGAUUUUAUGUCCUACCUCAAUUUUUCUACUCGGAAACGCUAUUGUGGUUACUCUUUUGGCGAAAUCCGGCUUGUUUUCCGGCGAUUGCUCGUCGUCAAUUGACAAUGCCGUCGCCGAACUUUACGACGAGUUCCGAUCCGAAGAUGAUGAUGAUAUUCCUGUUUUGGGUAAGGAAGAGAUAGUUUACCAGGAUAAAGAGAUUAUUUGCGAGGAAAAUGUAAAAAAACCGCUGGUUUCUAAGUUAGUUCUGGAGGAAAUUAAACCGAAAGCGGUUUUUUCCGAUGAGAUAAAACCGAAAGCGUAUUUUUCCGAUGAGAAGAAACCGGAAACGGUUUUUUCCGAUGAGAAGGAAGUGAGUUAUCGGCGGAGUCAAUCGGAGAAUAUGAUGAAGAGAGAGUGUGUAGAGAAUAAGCAGGAGAAGCUCCGACGAUCAGAGACGGAUAUUUACUGGAGAAGUUUCACCGGCGAUGAAUCGACGGCGGCGGCGACGGCGGAGGAAUUGAUGGAAGAUGGGAUGAGUAGCGACGAAUUCCGGCGAACGAUAGAGGCGUUCAUAGCGAAGCAGGUGAGUUUUCAUCGUGAAGAGCGGCUUUCUGUCGUUCUCCAUGGCCAAGCCUAGAAGAGAGUAAAAAAAAAAAGCAGAGAAUUGUUUUCCCCAAAAAUACAAAAAACGAAAAAAAAAAAAAAAAUAAUUGAGAUAAUUUCUUAAUUAUUUUUGUUUAUUUCCAGUAUUUAGGGGGAAGUUUUUCAGCUAAUUUCUGCUGCAAAACGUUUGUCAUUAUAUGAUGUCAGUGAUAUGGUAGUAGUAGUACUAACGUACUAUUUGGACUAUGUAUAGUGAAGUGCUGCAACUUUGAUCCAAGAGUGUUCAAUUUCUGAGCUCUUCUGUAACUUUUUUUUUUUUUUUUUUUUUAAUUUUUAUUAGUCCUAGAACUUGAUUACUACGAGUACGGAUUAGGAGUAUGUAUGAGUUUAAUACAGUGGACAAUAUAUUCAUUGUCCGAGGGAGAUUAAUUUCGAAUAUAAUACUAAUUGGAAUUGUUAUUGGGAUACUUGUGAUUUUGUUUCGGCCUCGUGUGGAUUGGAUUAUUUCGAGCUUGUUGAAAGUAUGUAUCUAACCAUCUAAUUGUAUUAGUUAAUUACUUCGAUUAAUAGUAUCAGUUUGUUGAAUGUUAGAAGUUUGCUGUAUAGGGCAAAGUAAACAAUUAAGAUAAAGCUUCAAAU